GACCCAACAUCACCCCUCACAGGCAAAACAAUUCUCAUCACGGGCGCCAACUCAGGCCUCGGCCUCGCCGCAGCAACCAAACUCGCCCGUCUCGGCCCCUCCCGCCUGAUCCUCGCGGUGCGCAACCUCGACUCGGGCCGUGCUGCACAGCGCAACAUCCAGGCCCAACUCAGACUCCACCUCGCCCAGAACAACAACAUCAAACCCGAACCCGACAUGGAUGUUUGGGUCUUCGACCUCGCCUCGUACACGACUAUCGCCGCCCUCGCGCGGCGCGCGUCCGCCGAGCUUGACCGCCUCGACGUGGCCGUGCUGAAUGCCGGCGUGUACGAGGUCGGCUACGGCGUGUCGGCCAACAAGUGGGAGCGCACGCUGCAGGUGAACACGCUGGGGACGGCGCUCCUGGGCGUGUUGUUGCUGCCCCUUCUAAGGCGAGUGCGGGAGCGAGACGGCUACGGGGUGCGGGUGGGGCUCGUGGCAUCGCGGCGGGCGGAGGCGGUGCGGUGGACGCAGGAGGUGAGGGAUGGGAAGGGAGGCGUGUUGGAGGCGGCGAAUGCGGUAUGGGAGGAGGGGUAUGAGCCCAGUGAGCAGUAUCGAAUGUCCAAGUUUCUGCUGAUGGCUGUGGUCAAGAAGAUGGCUGCGUUGGUAGAUGAGUCUGAGGUCACCGUCACGGCUGUGUGCCCGGGGGGUGUUGCGACGAACCUGAGUCGCGGAUGGACUGGUGUUGUCGCUGCGGUUGUCAAGACGCUGGUGAACACUUUGAUUAUGCGGACGCCCGAGUAUGCGGCGCGGAGCGUAGUCAGUGGCGUAUCGCUGGGGCCAGAAGCCAGCGGGAGGUUGUGGUAUGACGAUGAAUUGCACGACACGUCCAGGCUGUCCUUUCUUGCUGGUGAAGAUGGCGAGAGACUAGGCGACAAGAUCUGGGCCGAGGUUAUUGAUGCCCUGCAACGAGAAGUACCAGAAGUGGGCGAGGUCUUGAGA